AAGGCAACAUAGACACAACCCACACAAUGUGCUUCCGGUGAUCGCUGAGCAGCCCGGGCCCGUGUCUGUCAGAUCCCGCCACAGAGGUGUAAUAACACAUGCCCUACCUCAGGCAGCGCGUACUAUGCUGCGCGGUGUAGUACUAACCCAGGACAGGCGUUCUCCGGGACACCUAAGCGGGAGGGCAGAGGUCAGGGACGCCGAGGCCCCCUGGCUUUCCCAAUAUGGCGGCGCCCAUUGAGGAGGUGAGCUGCGAGGAUUUCGCGGAGUUCCAGGAUAUGCUUCGGGUAAUGAGGACCUUAGAUGACCGUAUAGUGCAUGAACUGAACACAACCAUCCCUACUGUAUCGUUUGCCGGUAAAAUCGAUGCCAGCCAGACCUGCAAGCAUCUCUACGAGUCUCUCCAGAACGCCCACAGCUCCCGGGAAAAGGCCAUAAAACGCUGUAUAUCGCAGUCCUUCGCCAAUGUGACCAGGCUACAGGAGGAGAGACUAAAGGACAGUGAUAACGUAGCAUUACGCAAACAGCUCCGAAAGGAACAGACGAAGUUGAAAUUGAUGCAGUCUGACCUGAAUGUAGAGGAGGUGAUGAAUGAUAGGAGCUGGAAGGUAUUUAACGAGCGCUGCCGGCUGCACUACAAGCCGCCCAAGAACCAGUAACUCAGGGACACUUCUUACAGCGCAGAAGCCGCGCUCCGUUAAUGGACAUUGGAAUGCCCUGGGGCGGAUGGCGGGAUGAAGUCGGUGUUAUUGCGUCUGACUGGACCUAGCUGAAAAUAUUCCAACUCCGUUCAAUUCGGAAACAGAACCUGUGACAGCUGCCAUGUUGUAUGAAAUUAGUGACCAUGUUUUUAUAACCAUUAAAUAUAAUUUUCAGAGGGA